ACUUUUUCGAUUUUUCUUUUUAAGAAUUUUUAAAAAUUUUAUGUAUAAGUAUUAUUUGCAAAAUAAGAAACUUUCUUAGAAGCAUCCUCUGUAUCGUUAUUAGUGGCAUAAUGUUUCCAUUGACAAUGUUCAAUACGCAUUUUUGUCGUUUUAUGCGCAAAAAUCAUGUACUCGAUAGUGAAACCUGUGAUAUAUAUUCCAUUUGGGAUAUCUGUCCAUUAUCCCGUUGGGCGAAACUAAAUCAAAUGAUACACACCUGUCGGCUCUGUCGUCCCGAAUGGUUUCCGUUUAUCUUUUGGCUUGUACUUCUAUUGGCUGGACUUGGUAUCAUCACCAGUUUAUUGGAAUUUUUACGCAUCUGUUUUUGUUCAGCUUAUCAAAUAAGCAUGUGGCGGGAUCGCAGUUACUAUAUAUUUGGAUAUAGCUCUUUGAGACGAGCUCGCUUCGUUGGCUCCUAUGUAAUGCUAAGUGCCUGGCUAUUGCUUGUCUAUGGCAUUAUCAUGGUAUCACCGAUCUAUAUGCGACCCUGGCUAAUGUUACAUGCCAUAAUGAUUGGCUUUGAGAUGACCACAUGGUUAGCAAAAACUAUAUUGGGCCGAUUAACACUGGAAUUGAAUAUGAUUGUGUCGUUAAUAAUGCCAAUACUUACCCACAUGAUGGUCAGGUGCGUGACUAACGUCUUUGAAGAAGCCAUACGCAAUGAUGUUUCCGAUUCCCUGCAUGUCUUUUGAUCAAAAUUUUUCGUUUUUCUCCUUCUCCAUCUUUUUAUUCAAUUCCUCUCUUGUAAUUUUUUUUCCGUUCUUUAGUUCUUUCUUGUUUUUUCGUUGUCUUCUUUUAAUCAUUAACUAUCGAAUGUCAUCAUUAAAAAGGUGGAGCAUCGCCUAAUUGUAUCGAA